UAACCAAAAAAAUAACGAAAAAUAUUUUUUCUUCAUUUUAAAUAAUUCGUUUAAUUAUUUCUUUUUAUCACCCCUAUGGCUAACAUCACUCCAAAAAUGGGCCACCUUUUUGCUGUAUACAUCUGGAAACUCGAAGUACAUAAAUUCCCCCUUCCUAAGUCUCCUUUUCCCUCACAACACACAUCCCAAGAAAAAAAGAAACAAUAAAAUAGAAUGUUCGUCCCUAUACAAAUGUCGAUACUCCGAUAUUUGCUCCUCCUGCAAGCAUUGUUGUUCAUUUUCUCAGGUCUCGUCAUCAAUACAACAAGUGCAACUACUCAUGAAACCAAAACCUCAGCUGGCCAUGCGAUCCCAUUUCCCACCCAUGAACACUUGGAUGUCAAGCAAUCCAUUAAAGAAUCAAGAUUAAUUCACCCACCAACUAAAAAACAUAAUCAUGUUGAAGAAGAUAAUGAAAAAGGAAACACCAACAACAGCAGCAACUGGAAGCUAAAGCUUCUUCACAGAGACAAGAUGCCCUUUUCCCACUUCACUGAUCAUCCUCACCGUUUUGAUGCUCGCAUGAAAAGAGACCUCAAAAGGGUCCAUGCACUCACUAAUAUUGAUAUUAAUUAUGAGGUUGAAGAGGAGGAGUUCGGGAGCGAGGUGAUUUCGGGUAUGGAGCAAGGCAGUGGUGAAUACUUUGUCAGGAUUGGUGUGGGUAGUCCUGCUAGAGAACAAUACAUGGUUAUUGAUGCUGGCAGUGAUAUUGUUUGGGUCCAGUGUCAGCCUUGUACACAUUGCUAUCAUCAGUCCGACCCCGUAUUUGACCCCUCCCUUUCCGCUUCUUUCUCCGGUGUACCCUGUUCCUCCUCCCUUUGCGACCGCGUUGACAACUCCGGUUGCCAUGCCGGUAGCUGCAAAUACCAAGUCAUGUACGGUGAUGGCUCCUACACCAAGGGCACCAUGGCUCUCGAGACCCUCACUUUCGGCCGUACCGUCAUUCGGGACGUGGCCAUCGGGUGUGGUCAUAGCAACCGAGGAAUGUUUAUUGGGGCUGCCGGUUUGUUGGGCCUUGGAGGUGGCUCCAUGUCGCUCGUGGGACAACUAGGUGGACAAACGGGCGGAGCAUUUAGUUACUGUUUGGUUAGCCGGGGCACCGGAUCAGCUGGAUCACUUGAAUUCGGGCGUGAAGUAUUACCCGCGGGUGCAGCGUGGGUGCCGCUCAUCCGAAACCCACGGGCUCCGACUUUCUAUUACAUAGGCAUAUCGGAUCUUGGAGUUGGAGGAGCGCGUGUAGUCAUGCCUGACGAUGCUUUUAGAUUAACUGAGGAAGGAGAUGGAGGAGUUAUCAUAGACACGGGGACAGCCGUGACCAGGCUUCCUGCGGCAGCCUAUCUGGCCUUUCGCGAUGCAUUUGCCGCUGAAACCGCAAGCCUUCCACGGGCACCCGCCAUGUCAAUAUUCGACACGUGCUAUGAUCUAAAGGGGUUUGUGACGGUUCGGGUACCAACCGUUUCAUUUUUCCUCAUGGGAGGUCCCAUCUUAACCCUACCAGCUAGGAACUUCCUAAUUCCAGUGGAUGGAAAAGGCACAUUCUGUUUUGCAUUUGCUCCAUCUCCAACCAGACUUUCAAUUAUAGGGAAUAUACAGCAAGAAGGCAUCCAAAUUUCUAUUGAUGGGGCGAAUGGUUUUGUGGGAUUUGGCCCCAACAUCUGCUAGGCUAAUAAAAAAUAAAAUAUAUAAAUCAACUUUUGCGCAGUUAUAGUAAAUAAAUUUCAAUAAUAUCAUGGAUAGUCAAUAUUAGCUUAAGUCUCUUUGGUAUGUGAAAAUAUUUAGGGAAGUCACACAACUUAAUUAUGUAUCAGAAAAGUCAUUCAAUUUUAUCUUUCUCUUUUUGUUUCUCGA